AUGUGGAGACGAAUAAGGAGCUCUUCACUAGUUCCAGCUUUCAUAGACUCCUUAUCUAAGAAGUUCACGUACGAAAAGUCCAACCAGCGAUACUCAUUGAAUGGUCCUGGUCACUACAAUCUGGAGUUUAGGAAGGAUUCCUUCAAUGAUGUUCUUAUCAGUUUGAUAAUGGGAUACGAAACUACAAAGUUGGAUUGCGCCGUAAAAAUUCCAGGCAGAAAACUUUUGUUAAAGCUGCUGCACCCAAGCUCUUUGGAAGGGUGCUUCAAUUUGCUUUUAUUGGCACUAAGUCGGUCCUCAGAUGAGAAUAGAACUACAAGGCGCAUCCCAUUAGGUAAAUUGUUGGAUAGAGCUUGCAACACAGGAAUGUUAAACAAUCAUGAGGAAUUAAAAAAAGAUUCUGAUAAAUUACUGGCCUGUUACUGGUUUAAAAAUUCCUUUUAUCCUAUUCAUGUCUCUGAGUACACGAGGAAUAUGAUUGGUAAGUCGAUCUACUUACUGAAAAACUAUGGUAUCAAUACUUCAACGUUACACAAUUGGCUAGUUUCGGUUGCUAGUGAAAGCAUAACGCAAGCAUGUUUCGCUUUAGAAGGAGAGACAUUACCAGAGUUUUUGGUUACAGACAUUUUAUUAAGAACACCCAGAUCCAAUUAUGAGUUUGACUUAUUGAUUGAUUUAUACUUGGACCCUAAUUACCAAAUUAAUGACUCUGAUAAAAAGAGUAUGUUAGUUUUGAACAAUCUAAUUCAAAAUUGCCACUAUAGAACAUCAUCAAGGUUGCUAGAAAUUAUCAACAAAGUAUUAGAUCAAACUUCAAACGAACCAUUUUUGAAUCAUCUAGUUUGGUCCAUUUCUAAAAUUUCCUCAAAAGUUCCAAGGGACGAUAACUUAUAUUUUAAUAUUCUUGAAUGCCAGCAGAAAAUAAUAAGGCAUUUGAACUCCAAGGUUAGUGUUGAAAUCCUAUUAGGAUUAUCGAACACUCUCUAUCACAUUAACCAUAGUAAAGGAAAGGAAAUUCUACAAGCAGCAAGAUCACUUAUAAAUAGAAAAGACGCCAGUCCUCUUGUUUCUCAAACACCAUCAAUUGCUCACUACUUAGAAAGAUCGUCGCUCAAUGUAGCACGUACCAAAGCCAUGCUAUUGGGUACUGAAAUCUUGUACAUAGACAAACCCAUUUUGUUCAAAGCACAUCAAAAGCUGAUAGCCAGCACGGAACCAACGGUGCUGCACCAAUUGGGAUUCUCAUUAUGGGGGCUUUGGCUAUCUAAGAAAGCCCAGUUUAGACUCCACUCUGGUACCGACAUCAAACUGGUGAAAUCUUUAAUCCCCUACUUGAGCACGCAAUUCGAUCAAGAGGCCUUAAGUGUAUUUCUUACAGGGAUCUCCGAUAUUGAGAUGAAUAAAGUGAUCAUUACCAAUUACUCAAAAGCCGGUCAUACUCUUGGAAAUUUAGUGUUGAAUACUUAUUUGAAAAACCUUUAUCGUCAGUGUCUUUUUGAAGAGUGCAUUAAAGAAAAGGCACCACAUUAUUUAAAAUAUCCAGAAAUUGUGAAUCAAAGAAUUGUUGAGCAUAAACAGUUCAAGUCCACCUUAGAUUACACUCGGUUCGUAUACGCCAAUGUUGAGCAGCGACCAUUAUCAUUAGUGGGCACUAUGAUGUUUGGUGAAGCACGUAUAGCUCCAGAGAAAGUGUGGAAAGUAUAUUUUAAUAGACAGUUUGAAACUGUCAACGAGAAAAUAUUGACUUCGUUGACCAUCUCUGUGAUAACGUUCUAUGAAAGAUCCGGGAAGCAUUUGAUGUGGAAUGGGAUGACAGCCGUUCAACAAUGUAUCAUGGAAGUUGAAAAAUGGACCGCCAAGUCAACGAAAGGUGAUAAUCCCAAUUUGGUGAAUCCAACGAAUCAAUUGUGGCUCAGUUACACCCAGAUGCUUGGAAUGUUUGGAUACACAGAUCUACUCAUGGAUUUAUUGGAAAAAUGGGUAAAUCUGAGGCAUAUUCCUAAUGAAAGAACACUAUUGAAUGUGUUUGGGUAUCUCCCGGAUGAAAUUUCAGACAAUUUGUUACGGCAUGUAACGGCGAAUAUCACCAACAAAGUUCCAGCAAUUAGAACUGAUGAUUUAUCACGCAAACCAGAAUUGCAAUUUGAUAAUGAUUCUCUAGUGGUGAAAUGGCCCUGGCCCACCAAAUCUCAAGUUGAAAACUUCAAAAGGAAACUACUCAUUUGA